CCAAAACAAAGCUACCAGCCAGCUGACGGUGAAAGUACAGAGGUCAGAGGCUGAAACUUUUUAGACUAUUUAGACUGAAUAAAACCGCUGCUGUUUUAGGAUGAACACGACACUGAAGCACUGGAAAGAGGCGGCCACUCUGAUUUUAGCCGCAGGACGCGGGCGUGGUUUCACCCCGAGAGCACCGCUGACAGGGGAAAGCAGCUCUGGACAGUCACAUCUGCCCCACAGGUCCCUCUUUGAUUACGACGUUUUGCUGCUUAAAAGAAGCGGUAAAAGCGGAUUCAUGCCCAAUGCUUAUGUGUUUCCUGGGGGAGUGGUGGACGCAUCGGAUUUUUCCAGUGAGUGGCUGGACAUUUUCAGAUCUUUCACUAACUCCCCGACUUUCGGGUUAAGAAGUGUCAAACAGCCUCUGGAGACCAGACCUCCGAUCUUUGCUACAGACCGACUGAAACUAGGCUCUCCCAUCCCGGGAGAAGUCGCCCUCCGGAUCUGCGCGUUGAGGGAAACAUUUGAGGAAUCUGGCGUACUUCUGGUUGCUCCCAAAAUAGAGGAGAAAAAAAUGUUAAAAAGCAUAAAGGACUUUGGUUACAUUGAGCGCUACGGGGUGAAUGAUCUGUGCAGCACUGAGCUCACCAAGUGGAGGGCUCUGGUUAACCAGAACCCCUCCAACUUUAUCAGGAUGUGUAGAGAGCUGCAAGUUUUGCCUAACAUCUGGGCUUUACAUGAGUGGGGCAACUGGCUGACUCCAGCAGGCCGAUAUGGGACGACGAGAUUUGACACAGCUUUCUUCAUCUGCUGCUUGCAGGAGAUGCCGCAUACGCUACAAGAUGAUAAGGAAAUUGAGCGUUUUCAGUGGUCCACACCCUCAGAGGUCUUGCAGAGCUACCAGGCACAGGAGUUGUGGAUUGCGCCUCCACAGUUCUAUGAACUCAGCCGCCUGUGCCGCUUCCCUCUACUAAAUGAUCUCCACAACUUCGCCAGCCAGCGUGCCACAGCAGGCUGUGAGCAGUGGAUGCCCGUUGUUGUAUCAAAUGAUGAACACCAUAUAUCGCUGCUGCCAGGUGAUAAACUUUAUCCAGUGGACAGCCCAAGAGACUCUGAAGCUGCAAAAAACACAGUCCCUCCAUCAAAGGAUCAUCAGGAUGCUUCCCCGCUCCACCGUAUUGUCAUAUCAGAUCCAUACACUUUAAGGGUACAGAUCACCAUCACUCCAAAAUACAACCACGUCCUCCCUGUUGCACAUUCAGCAGUGUUACAUGACUCAAAAAGUCAGCUAUGACAACCCUGUGAUCCUUGUCCUCCUGUGCCUAUGAAAUAAAAAGUCAUAAAACCAGGCAAAUUUACGGUCAUAUUUUUAUAUCGGUCUCAGUCAUGUCGCUCCCAUCACUGUAUAUU